CUAAUCCUAAUGUGUCCAGGUUUGUGCAGUAUAUACCAUAGGCAAAUAGGACUGCAAUUUGGGCCCAUAAUCCAAUUGACCCGGCCUAUACGAUGAAAUUUAUUUCUCUUUCCUUUUCGGGUUGGAAACGGAAACAGUUUGGACAGUCUCCGAUUUUAAGAACUGAAUUGAAUGGGAGGGACUGAGAAGACGAGCAAGGUCGUUAUGACGGCGUCUGUAUCACAAUCGCCGGUCAGGUGGUGGCGGACGGCGUUUCUGACCGUCAGAGACGAAACCCUCACGACUCCUCCUCGCACUCCAAUCCCGGAACUCCUCCACAAUUUCAUCUUCUCCCACUCCCACACUCUCCUCUCCGCCGCCCCCGACCUCCCUCCGCAGGAGGUGACGUCAGAUUUGUUGUUCCUAACGGAAUUGAUCACCACCAAGUCUCACGGCGCCGGCGAUUUGACCCCUACCUUCGCUCACACAAUUCACCUGAUCCAUGACGUCAGCCAUCGUCUUCCUCUGGAAGUCAAUUCAGCUUCGUGGACUCUCAUGCUUGACGGUUUCGGCAACAUGCUUCAAUUCUUCAUUGCCUCUUCGUCAUUUACGCCCAGCAUGGAAUGCUUACAGACUCUGAGGCGUGUUAUGAGCACCUACCAGAGGAAGUGUUCUCCGGCCGAUGAGAUUCAGCUGGUUAAGUUCCUUCUGCGCGUAAUUGAGAGCUGUCAUUCAGAGUUAAGUAGCUCAUCGCAUUCUAUUCGCAACCAGAGCUCUGCUUCUGAAGUUGGAAAGAGAAAGCCAUUGCCGCGACAUGGCAGCUUCUGGGAAGCUCAGACCCUUGCAUUCAAUAUGCUUGGAGAAACAUAUGAAUGUUUUUAGGAAAGUGAUGGAUGUAUUGGCAGCUAAAAGUCUGCUUGUAGAAGACACUGUAAUGUCGAGGUUUUAUUUAUCUCUCCUGCAUUGUCUGCACUUGACUCUCUCAGAUCGUAAGUGUUCCCUCUCUGACCAUGUGUCAGGUUUUGUAGCUGCUUUGCGAAUGUUCUUGUCCUAUGGUAUUAGUAGUAGAAGCCAGCUUACCAGGCCGGCAACUGGUCAAAAGGAGAGUGAACUUAGUGUAGCCAGCCUUAAGUCUGGUUUGGAAGAUCCUAAAAAGACAGAUCGUAGUCCAUAUAGACCUCCACACCUACGCAAAAGGGACAGUUCAAAGCAGAUUGGAGCUCGAGGUUCUCAAGGUUUAUCAGAUCAGGAAUCUUCCACACUUGACUUUGCCUCAUCAGAUUCAGAUUAUAGUGACAGUGAUGGAUCACUUAAAGACACUGAAAGCAUUCAGAAGUCGAAGGUCAGAGUAGCUGCCAUUGUUUGUAGACAGGAUCUCUGUCAAGCUGAUUCGAAAUCAUUUAGUAGCCAAUGGACACUGCUUUUGCCAACCAGUGAUGUACUACAACCUAGGAAGUUUGAAGCAACACUAAUGACUUGUUUGCUGUUUGAUCCCUAUUUGAAGGCACGGGUUGCAUCUGCCUCAACUCUGGAAGCAAUGUUGGAUGGGCCUUCUUCUGUUUUUCUGCAGGUAGCAGAGUUCAAAGAGUCUUCUAAAAGGGGAUCUUUUACAGCACUUUCAAGUUCCCUUGGACAUAUACUAAUGCAGCUUCAUACAGGUAUUUUAUACUUAAUUCAACGAGAAACUCAUAGUAGAUUGCUGGCAUCCUUGUUCAAGAUUCUCGUGCUUUUGAUAUCAACUACACCAUAUUCAAGAAUGCCCGGAGAAUUGUUGCCAACAGUUUUUACAUCUCUGCAAGAAAGGAUACAAAAUGGGUUUCAGUUUAAAACUGAUCAGACUGGCCUGCUGGUUUCUUCUUUUAGUUGCUUGACUACAGCUCUGAAUACCUCACCAUCUUCACCGCAAAUCAAAGAAAUGCUUCAGAGAGAGAUAUUUAAUGGUUUUGCUGAGGCCAAAAAGAAGUCAGGUGUUCUUUUUACGUUGUUUCAAUUUUCAGAACAAGUUAGCAACCCGCCAAUAUCCUUUGAGGCUCUUCCGGCGCUUAGGGCUGUGUCGCACAAUUACCCCAGUAUAAUGUUUUCCUGUUGGGAACAAAUUUCCACCAUUGUUUAUCACCUUUUGAGGGCAGCUACUCCUGAAGUUCCUGCAGGACAAUGGAAAGGGCAUUCUGGAAAUUCUGUUGGAUUAAUUGGGGAAAAACUCAUUACAGCUGCUAUUAGAGUUUUGGAUGAAUCUCUUCGUGCAAUAUCUGGAUUUAAAGGAACGGAAGACCCUUUAGACGAUAAACUACUUGAUGCCCCAUUUACUUCUGACUGCAUAAGGAUGAAGAAAGUUUCAUCAGCUCCUUCAUAUGAACUAGAGAGCUUGGAAAAUACUAGAGAUGAACCCACAUCAUGUCAGUCUGGAAUUGAGCAGUGGUGUGAGGCAAUUGAGAAGCAUAUGCCUUUAAUUCUACAACAUACUUCUGCAAUGGUGAGAGCUGCCUCAGUUACCUGUUUUGCGGGUAUAACUUCUUCUGUGUUCUGCACACUCUCGAAGGAAAAACGGGACUUCAUUCUUUCAUCUUUAGUUCGUGCUGCUGUACACGGUGAUGUACCUUCAGUUAGGGCAGCUGCUUGUCGGGCCAUUGGUUUCAUUUCAUGUUUUCCUCAAGUUUCUCAAAGUGCAGAGAUCCUUGAUAAGUUUGUUCAUGCUGUGGAGAGUAACACUCGUGAUCCUUUGGUCUCGGUCCGAAUAACUGCUUCUUGGGCUUUGGCAAACAUAUGUGAUUCUAUCCAUCAUUGUAUUGAUGAUUUUAGCUUGGAAAAGACUGAAGGGUCUCUUAAAAUUUCUCAAUUAUUUACCUUAUUAAAAUUUCUCGAUUAUUUACCUUACAAGUCGCAUAUGUGGCUGCAGGCUUCGCAGCCAGGCGUACCAGUCAACCACAUAAUUCUAGAACUUUCAUGGUUAACAAUAACAAGUAGCUCACAACCCGCGAAACCAACUAUUCAAACCGAAGUUGCCAGCGUCAGAGGCAACUUCACAAUCAGAAUUAAAGUUCAAAGAUGCAUAGAAGGCUAGGAGUGGGGACUUGCAUGGGACAAAGCCCAUGCUCCUAGAAUCAAUGAUUUUGGUUAGGGCAGCCUUCAACAAAAUUCUGUACAAUAGUACAUGUAUCAAUCAUAAACGCCUUGGCCACCGGGUUAGGAAGAUUGUAAUAAAUAUGGGUUAUACGGCAGGUCAGUUACACAAAAUUCUACUAGUUUGGACUUCUCAUCACAAGAAAGAGCAGGGUUCUAGCACCAGAAGGCAAA